AUGAUUAUUGAACAGGUAUCAGAGAGUAUUGACCCCAAUACUCAAACAAAGUACGAAUUUCCAGAACCAACUGCAAAGGAAAAGAUAAAUGACAUACAGCAAGACUUGUUACAACCGUUGCCAGAAAUCAAUUGGGAAAUAUUAGAUCUUGUUGAUAAACCUGUCGACAUCAAUCGUGAAGAAAUAAUUGAUAAAUUGGUUGUUAACCCAGAAAGAUUGAACCGAACGAGGUUUAGAUUUAAGAGAUCUGGUAUAGAUGGUCACAUUACUGGAUAUCAAGAGGAAAUUAAUUUGAAUGAAUUGGGCAAUUCCAACACGUCAUUAAGUAUUAAUCGUGGAUAUACAUCGAAAAGCGAAAGUCUUAGGGGGAAAACCAGUUUUUUGCCAUUUCAACCUGGUGGAUUGAUCCAACAAGCUGCCGCAGAUAGGGAAUCAAAGGAUUCAAGUUCCAAUUUGCACAGAAACGAGUACGGGCUAUUUGACGUCCCACCCGGAUUUCAACGUGGAUUGGAAGUCGGGUCAGAAAAAGCAGACCGGUUGGAUAUUGAGGAAUUAAAUGAUGACGGAACUGUAGAAGAUAAGGAAGAGAAAUCAAUAACAAUGAAACAACAUACAUUGGAUGAUGAUAAUGAUGAUGUGUCCUCUCACAAAGUGAUCACAUCAGAUGCACCAAAAGCUGAUAUUCCUUUUGAUACCAAAGAAAUUGAAGGAUUAGUUCCAUUUGAUUACUCAUCUUUUAAAUAUGAUGAUAGGAAAAACCCAUUAGAUAAACGUACUUGGGCUCAUGUUGUUGAUUUGGACCACAAAAUCGAAGAUUUCCAUGAAUUGGUUCCCAAUAUGGCGCGUACCUGGCCGUUUGAGUUGGAUACUUUCCAGAAAGAAGCCGUGUUUCACUUGGAACAAGGAGAUUCAGUAUUUGUUGCUGCCCAUACUUCAGCAGGUAAGACAGUUGUUGCCGAGUAUGCGAUUGCCAUGGCGCAUAGAAACAUGACCAAAUGUAUUUAUACAUCUCCCAUCAAGGCAUUGUCGAAUCAGAAAUUUCGUGAUUUCAAGGAGACAUUUAAAGAUAUCGAUGUCGGGUUGAUCACAGGUGAUGUACAAAUCAACCCUGAAGCCAAUUGUUUAAUCAUGACUACUGAAAUUUUGCGAUCCAUGUUGUACCGUGGAGCAGAUUUGAUACGUGAUGUUGAAUUCGUCAUUUUUGACGAGGUUCAUUAUGUGAAUGAUAUCGAUAGAGGAGUGGUUUGGGAAGAGGUCAUUAUUAUGUUGCCAGAUCAUGUUAAGUACAUCUUGUUAUCGGCAACAGUUCCUAAUACAUUCGAGUUUGCCAACUGGGUUGGAAGAACAAAACAAAAAGAUAUAUAUGUUAUAUCUACCCCAAAAAGACCUGUUCCAUUGGAAAUAUUCAUUUCAGCUAAAAAAGAAUUAUUCAAAGUGGUGGACUCUAACCGUCGAUUCAUGGAAAAUGAGUUCAGAAAGCAUAAAGAUUUAUUAGAAGCAGGUAAGAAGAAAACCGAGUUACAGUCGAUCACCAUGGGAUCAGGAAGUAGAGGUGGUCCAGGUGGAACAGCCAGAGGUGGAAAUAGAGGUGGUGGUAGAGGUGGUCGAGGUGGUGGUAGUGGUCGUGGUGGAAAUCAAGUAUCUAGAAGAGGGAACUUUUCUGGUCCAAGGCGAUUUGGUAACGAUGGACCAAAUAAAAAUACUUGGAUAGAUUUAGUGCAUUAUUUGAAACUGAAUAACUUAUUACCAGCUGUCGUUUUUGUUUUUUCCAAAAAGAGAUGUGAGGAGUAUGCCGACUCGUUGAAAAGUGUCGAUUUCAAUAAUGCCAAAGAGAAGUCUGAGAUUCAUAUGUUUAUUGAUAGGGCUGUCGGAAGAUUGAAAAAGGAAGAUAGAGAAUUACCACAAAUUCUUAAGAUUAGAGAUAUGCUUAGUAGAGGUAUUGCUGUACAUCAUGGUGGAUUAUUACCGAUUGUCAAGGAAUGUAUUGAAAUUUUAUUUGCUAAAUCAUUAGUUAAAGUAUUGUUUGCCACCGAAACAUUUGCCAUGGGAUUGAAUUUGCCAACAAGAACAGUUGUUUUUUCGUCCAUGAGAAAGCAUGAUGGUAGAAGUUUCCGUAACUUGUUACCGGGCGAAUUCACACAAAUGUCCGGUAGAGCUGGUAGAAGAGGGUUGGAUAAAACAGGUACUGUAAUUGUUAUGGCAUAUAAUGAUCCAUUAUCACCAACAGAUUUCAAAGAGGUAGUGUUGGGUACUCCAACCAAAUUGCUGUCACAGUUCAGAUUGACAUACAACAUGAUUUUGAACCUAUUAAGAAUUGAGGCAUUGAAAGUUGAGGAAAUGAUUAAGCAUUCUUUUAGUGAAAAUUCCACCCAAGUUUUGUUACCAGAGAACCAAAAGAAGUAUGAUCAGGUAACGAAACAGUUACAACAAGUGCAGAUCACACCAUGUAAAGACUGCUCCUUAGUCGGCACCGAAGACACGUGUAAGAUGUUGACAGAAUACGAAACCGUUUACGGUGAAUGUGUUGUUGAUAUACAUAAAUCCCCAGUUUUGAAGAACCAAUUAUUACGAGUAGGUAGAUUACUUUUUUUCAGAGACAAAGAUGGUGGUGGUUCAAGACUUGGAUUUGUUGUCAAAUCUGACAGUGCAAACAAUUCUAUUUUCAUUUUAACUUUCAAUCAUGGUAAAGAAUAUGAAGAAAGCAUUGAGAAAUAUAAAUUGCCUUACCUUCCAUUUGCUGAUUAUGUCAUGAGAAACUUUCCAAGAAUUAAGUUUUCUGGCGGUUUGAAGGUUGUGUCUGUGCCAUACGAAAAUGUUUGUUUCAUCGGCAGAUAUUCAUUAAAGGCAUCUAUUAAUGACAUUAUCAACAAUGAUGCUGCUGCAGUACUGGAAGCUUCAGUACAGAUUAAAAUUUUAAUCAAGUAUCAAAACAAGUUUGAAGAGUUGGCGUUUACUUACACCAAGCAGUUGUCCUUACAUGAAUUGGCGAUUAAAAAACAAAAGUUGUUUGAAACGAUAUUCAAUGAGAAGGCAUAUAGUUGUCCUAACUUCAAAAAUCAUUAUGCGGAAUAUCACGAAAGAUACUUGUUGACCCAAGAAGUUGAAAAAUUGAAACGAUUAAUUUCUGACGAAAAUUUGGAUUUGUUACCAGAUUACGAACAGAGAUUGCAAGUCUUGGAGACCAUGGGAUAUAUUGAUAACCAGCACAACGUGGUAUUAAAAGGUAGAGUUGGAUGUGAAAUCAAUUCUGGCUGGGAAUUAAUUAUCACAGAGUUGGUGUUGGAUAACUUUUUGGGUGAUUUCGAGCCAGCUGAAAUAGUUGCUUUAUUGUCGUGUUUUGUUUAUGAAGGUAGAACACAGGAGGAUGAACCACCAUUAAUAACACCUAGAUUAGAAAAAGGUAAAGCAAGAAUCUUGGAGAUUGCAGAGAAAUUGUUGAAAGUUUACGUUGAAAAGCAAGUGUUAUUGACUCAGGAAGAGGAGGAUUUUGUUGAAAGUAAACGUUUUGCAUUAGUGAAUGUUGUUUAUGAAUGGGCUAAUGGUUUGUCCUUCAAUGAGAUUAUGCAAAUCAGUGUUGAAGCUGAAGGUACCAUUGUUAGAGUUAUAACGAGAUUGGAUGAAAUUUGCCGUGAGGUGAAAAAUGCUGCUUUGAUCAUUGGUGAUUCGACAUUACACUUGAAAAUGGCAGAAGCACAAGAAAAGAUCAAAAGAGAUAUAGUCUUUUGUGCCUCCUUGUAUUUAUAG